ACGUGCCUAUCCACUAAACCAUCUGCGGCAGGCAGUUCAGGGAAUCAACAAAAGCGGUCAGCGGCGGCAAACAUGGCGAGACGGAGAGACAAUGGAGAAGCCACCAGGACAGCGCAGGAAGAGGAGGAAGCCACCUGGACAGAGCAGGAAGAGGAGGAAGCCACCGUGAUGCCUGGUCCAACGAGAUGCCAACUCCACGACCGGCUGGUCAGCGACCUGUGCCUGGGCAACUACGACCACGCCUUGGAACGGAUCCGCGAGGCCCUGUUAAUGACCACAGAUCGCAGACAGAUCGAGGCCCUCUUGGAGAUUAAGACCAUAGUGAUUCGAUUGUGCGGCGACUCGAAUGUCGGCGGCGAUCAGAUUUUCGGCCCCACCUUACAGUCGGACGCACUGCCACACGCCUUCACCGCCGAGAUGCUGGACGUUGUUCAGAAGGUACUGCGAUGCCGCAACCACUACGAGGUGCUGGGCCUCUCGCAGAACGACCCCUUCUCGGAGGUGAAGCGCUCCUACAAGAGGCUGGCCCUGCGCCUCCAUCCCGACAAGAACCGGGCUCCUGGCGCCGAGAUGGCCUUCCGCCGCAUCAGCGAGGCCGCCGACUGCCUAACGGACCACGACAGGCGGAUGAAGUACACUUUGGACAUGGGCAUGGGCGACUCCGAGUACUCUGAUGGGGAGAAUGUGGAGCAGGAGGAGGAAGAGGAGGACUACGAUGGGAGUACGCCGCGACGCCCCUAUAUGGCGGCCAAUCAGCGCGUGCCCCAGAGUCAGGCGCUGUUCCAGACCGAACAUCUGGCCAUCGGAAUGGUGUGUGCGCUGCUCUUCAUGUUCCUCACCAUGCAUUUCCUAAGCACCGUGCCCGACUACAGCUUCAAGCGCACCAGCACCCACAGCUUGGUCCGCUUCAGCCAUUCCAGGAAUAUAGCCUACUACAUGAGCCCGAAGACCGCCGCCAAGUAUACGGAGGAGCAGCGCCAGGAGCUGGAGCAGGAGAUCGAGAGCGUGUACAUCCAAGACCUGAAGGUGAACUGCCAGCAGGAGACGAGACUGCGCGACACUCUGCGCCUGCGGGCGAGGCAGGGCGAUCUGGAAAAUAUGCGCCACCAUGCGGAGGACCUGCCGUUAGCAGCCUGCAAGGCGCUCUUCGAGAUCGGGAAGUCCAGCCCUAGGCCGUUUCUGUGGAGUAAUCCAAAGAAGCAGGAGCCCACAGAGGUCUAGUCUUGCCCCAGGACUCAACUACUCCUCCUCCUGCUCCACAUUUUUCCCAUCAGAGCACUCAAAGUCGCCCCUGCCCCUGCCCUUGUCCAAAUUGUACUUUAUCGGGGAUAUCUGUUCAAAGCUAAAAUUUGUGAAUAAAUUAAGUAACCAAACCAAAUCACUCUGCUUUUUCUACUGUGACUGUGACUCCCUUUUGGACUUUCAGCCCACCCCUAGCUGGCGAUAGUUGCCGAUAGUACCAUCACUAAGAAUUAAGAAACAAAACAGAUAGAUACCGUGAAAGAAGAAGUGGGGAAGAAACGUUUUCCAAUGGAAAUCUUCCGAAAUUUCUUAUUUUCGUUCGUUUAUGGUCGAAGGAUCGUAAAUUCGUAUAUAUCAUACUAAUUUUCUAGGUAUAUUUCUCAAGUAAAUACAUUUCAAUUAGCACUAAAUUCAAAUCAUGUAUCUAAAUAAUUAUUCCGUUUUUACACGGUAGAUUUGUUCCUGAAAAACCGGGUAAAAAAGACAUUGAUCGAAUAUGCAAAAAAUCGAAAGAGAAACAAAUAUGUACAUAUUCUCCUUGUGCUCUUUAUUGUUUUCGUUUGGUUCAUAGCUGUUUAUAAGCUGUGUGUGU